GACUCAGAUGCGAGACUUGGGCGUUGUGGCGUUUUUCGGCCCCGAUGACACGUGCCAUACCGAGGCGAAGCUGGCGGCAGCUUGGAACCUACCGCUUAUAUCGCAUAAAUGCGCCGAUGACAGUCCAAAGCGGGAUGACAAGGCCACGGACCGUGAAGCGCGCGUAAGCCUUGGCGUCACGUUCGCGCGGACCCUGCCCCCGGCCUUCAAGAUCAGCAAGUCCGUCAUGGCCCUGCUAAAGGCUUUCAGCUGGAAUAAGUUCGCCAUUGUGGCUGGUGAAGGGGUCGCGGCACAACAGAAGGACGCUAUUAAGAAACUGGCAACGCACAAUGACAUGAUAGUAACGGCGGAGCACAAUUUUCCUUAUUACAUACCCUUGAACAUAUCCAACAUGGAGAAGAUAGUGGACCAAACUUACGACAAGACGAGAGUGUACGUGUUCCUGGGUGAGCACAUAGCGCUGGUGGACUUUGUGAAGGUGCUUCAGGGCCGCGGGCUGCUCCAGACUGGCGACUACGCCGUGGUGGCGGUCGACGACGAGAUAUACGACCCAAGCACCUCCGCCAUCGCCCAUGCUGAUCAUCUGGGUCAAAAUAGCAGUAGCGACGUCAUGGCUUUCAGGGCUGUACUCAAACUGACGCCAUCAUUUCCAACGAAUCCUAUUUAUGAGGAGCUGUGUCAGAUGAUACGCAACCACUCGGCUGCGCCCCCGUUCUGUGUGCCCAAUUACCAUAAGCUUUACGAAGACGCCUCUGUACCAAUAGAAGCGGCUCAUUUGUACGACGCAGUGGUACUCUGGGCCAGGGCUGCCACCGCCGCGAUGCGGGCGGGGCUCCCGGCUACCGACGGGGCCUCCCUGAUGAAGCUUCUUCGACCCACUACUUACCGCUCUGUUCAGGGAUUUGAUGUAUAUAUGGACAGCGCAGGCGAUGCUGAGGGCAACUUCACGGUCAUAGGGCUGGUGGAAGAUGAGACGGGCCCAGGGGGAUGGCGAGCUGCGCCGGUGGCUACCUUCCGAUACGCCAACUCUUCAGACAUGCUACCGGAGCUGGUGGGUGCCAACAAAAUCGUCUGGCUGAACGGAAAGCCGCCAGCAGCCGAGCCGCCCUGCGGCUUCGACAGACUAAAGUGUUCCCUGCCCCACGACCCGGGCGUACUAGCGGCCAUUAUCGCGGUAGCCGCGGCGGCCAUACUUGCGCUCGCGCUGCUGUUGAGGCAUUAUAGAUACGAGCAGAAGCUGGCCAGUGUACUCUGGAGGAUCGAGGCGAAGGAUCUGACGUUUAUACUAGCCCGCAAUGAUGGGGAUAAGACGUUAGUUCCUCAAAACAACGAAGCGAGGCGAGCGCACACGACCAUCGCGAUGUACAGAAGCAACAUAGUGGCUGUCAAGAGGCUGCAGAAGAAGAGUAUCGACGUCACUAGGGCUAUUAAGAAAGAGUUGAAACAGAUUCGCGAACUUCGUCAUGAAAACAUAAACGCGUUCGUCGGUGUUUGCGUGGAGGCUGGCUCCACAUGCAUCGUGUCGGCUUACUGCUCCCGCGGCUCGCUAGCCAGAGUGCUGGCUGACCGCGACCUGCACCUGGACGACAUGUUCGUGGCCAGCCUGGUGGCGGAUCUGCUACGGGGACUAACGUACCUGCACGAUUCAGCGCUCGUCUCGCACGGAAACCUCACGAGCAGCAACUGCCUUGUCGACAGCCGAUGGGUGCUGCAGAUUGCUGACUACGGACUGCAUAAUCUCAAGUAUGGCUGCGCCGACGCGGAAGACGCACUGCGCAUGGAACGGCGCAUGCUCUGGCGCGCGCCCGAACUGCUCCGAGACCCCAACCCCCCCUCCCGCGGCUCGCAGAAGGGGGACGUGUACUCCUUCGGUAUCAUCCUGUACGAGAUACUGGGGAGAAACGGACCAUGGGGCGAUACCAAUCUAACUAAUGCUGAGAUAAUCGGCCGAGUAAGACAACCAAUUGGCGGCGUCCUCUUCAGGCCGCCGAUGAGCGGCUUAGCGGCCAGACCGUCGGUCUUAGCUGUCCUGAACGCGUGCUGGAGCGAGCGGCCUGACCGCCGACCUGACUUACGGCUAGUUCGACUCAGACUUAAGGAUAUGCAUGCUGGCAUGAAAACGAAUAUAUUUGACAACAUGCUGGCAAUGAUGGAGAAGUACGCAAGUAAUCUGGAAGCGCUGGUGGCGGCCAGGACUGAACAGUUACUCCAGGAGAAGCGACGCACGGAUGACCUGCUGCACAGAAUGCUGCCCAGGACAGUGGCAGAGGCCCUGAAGCGGGGUGAGAGGGUCCAAGCUGAGAGCUACGACUGCGUGACGAUAUACUUUAGUGAUAUCGUGGGUUUCACCAAUCUAGCGGCCACCAAUACGCCUAUGCAGGUGGUGGAAAUUCUGAAUGACUUAUACACAUGCUGUGAUGCCAUCAUAUCAUAUUACAACGUUUACAAGGUGGAGACAAUAGGUGACGCAUACAUGGUGGUCGGGGGCGUACCCGAACGCUGUUCGCGGCACGCGGCAGAGGUGGCUUCGCUCGCGCUUCAUGUGCUGGACGCGGUGCCUAAGAUCCGAAUGAGGAAUAUGCCAGCCGCUCGACUUCAUAUACGAAUCGGUAUACACAGUGGGCAGUGCGCUGCGGGCGUGGUGGGUGUCAAAAUGCCUCGCUACUGUCUGUUCGGGGACACGGUCAACACUGCGGCACGUAUGGAGUCCAGCGGCGAACCGCAGAGGAUCCACGUCAGCAACGACACUUACAAGCUGCUGCGACAGCAUGGCGGGUACCAUUUCAAGGAGAGAGGGAUUGUUAAUAUCAAGGGUAAGGGCGACAUGAAAACUUGGUGGCUGGUCGGAGAGGACCAUGAGAGGAGAAAAAACUCACUUUCCCGAUAUCGAGCAGAAGCAUCAUUGCAAUGGCCGCAAACAUACCAUUUUAGAGCAACUCUAAAAAUACCGUCAGCAAACGUAAUUGAACCUUAUGAGGUCUGGUCUAAUGGCGUGGAAGGACAUCACAGAUUUGACUUCUACAAAGGAAUGUCUAAAAUGUACCAGAAACGACACGGAAAAGUGAACAAUGUCGUCCAAUUCCAAUACUAUUGGGUAACCCCCGACCCGAUGAAUGUCAAUCAAAACGAUAUAGUUUGUCGCCAACUAACAGUGAAUUCUACCGAAGUAAAGCGGCUUUACCACUAUUUGCCGCCUACCUACAACUACAAGGAAACAGGUCCAGAUGUCAAUCAAACCACAAAAUGGGAGUACCAGUAUACUCAGCAGCAAUAUGGCGCCGUUUUCAAAUAUGCCCUCUGGACGACGGGACAAGCCAAUGAAUGGGUACCUGUGAGAUAUGAGUACAGGAUGUUUUAUAAAGGCGUCGAACGCGAUUUUAUUCAGCAUGUUUAUGAAUACUUCAGUCGUUCCAAACCAGACGCCGUUGUGUAUAAAAUCCCACAUAACCUUCGAUGCAAUUCUCCUUCCGUAAGAAACAGUGAAAGCGAUUUUGAACACCGUUUAGAUCUCGAAAGCCCUAUCUUGCAACAAAACGUGACGGACUUAUUUGAAAGAUUCAAGUUGGCACAUAAUAGACAAUACAAAAAUAUCGAAGAGCACUUCAUGAGGUUAUCUGUGUUCCUGAAAAAUGUCAGAUACAUACAGUCUGUCAACAGCCAACAAGGAUCUUACAAACUGUCUGUCAACCAAUUUGCAGACUUGACAGAGGAUGAGUUGGCAUUGUUAUCUGGUACUAAACUCAAAGGGGAAACAGUCAAUUCGACGCAUAGUUUUUUAGAUAAUGACGAUAUUGAGGACAGUAAGGACUUCGAUUGGAGAUCGUAUGAUGCAGUGACGCCAGUUAAAGAUCAGACAUUUUUAUGCGGGAGUUGCUACGCGUUCACAGUCGCCGCGGCCAUCGAGUCAGCGGCAUACAUCAGUAAUGGCUGUAACAACCUGGUAGAAGCCAGCGAACAAGCAAUCAUAGACUGCUCGACGGGCAAGAAUGGAAAUGGCAAUCAGGGAUGUAAUGGUGGAUUUUUAAGUUCUAGCCUGCAAUGGGUCAAAAAGAAUGGCAUUCCCUUAAGAAAAGAUUAUGGACCUUAUUUGGCAAUGGAGGGAUAUUGUCAUUUGAAACAAACACGAUUAAUGUAUAUACACAAUUACAUCAGAUUGCAGAACGAAAUCAAGGCCAUUAAGGCCGCUCUUCGUCAGCACGGUCCUCUGGCGACCGUCAUGCAUGUACCGGGGUCGUUAUAUUACUAUCGCUCUGGAGUGUACGAUGAUAAUACCUGUCUAUCAGUACCGGGAAGUCAAACACACGCCGUACUCAUAGUUGGCUACGGGAAAGAAAACGGUAAAAGGUACUGGCUGGUCAAGAACUCAUGGGGCGCUAGAUGGGGCGACGAAGGUUACUUCAAACUAGACAUGGAGAAAAACUUGUGUGGAAUAACGAAUCUAGUAUACGCUGUUGUUGAUCCGAAUUCGCUUAGAAAACAGUGUAAGAAAGUUAGCUUUGGAGAGGUGUUAAAAUAAAAUAUCUAGUUUAUUUUCCAAGUUCAGUGGAGGUUGUUGAAACUUGUAGAGAUUCUUAAUGAAACAGCUUACUACGCUGCUGGCUGAAGUUAUAAAUAAUGUAAGAAAUUAAAAGUAGUAUGAGAAUUUAAAAUGAUUCAACCUUUUCAAUUUUGUUACCCCUGUUGUAACCUCGGAAAACGUUACCCUAAUUUUUAUAACAUUUUACAACCAAAAUCAAGUAUUGUCUACCGUUGUCUACCGUCUUGUCUACCGUUUGUACAAACGCGAAUUUUUCGAAGAUUUGUAGGUAUAAGAGUUUCCAUUUCUAUGACAAAUGGUCAAAAAUAUGCACAGAGAAAUAAUCGCCUGCUUUAAAUACCAAAAAAAAAGUCGCAACACAGGAAAUAAAAUGCGUUUGUACGGGACAGCCCGUGGAAUGCUCCUUAUAUGUUUUAGGACCAAAUAUGUACGUCACCUAUUAAGUUUAUUUUACCUUCACAUUUGUUAAACAUUUGAUUCCUCGUGCUAAACUAUAACUUAAUUAUCUAGUGAUUCAUAUUUUUUAUUAUUAUAUUGUUAAUAAAUAUUUCUCAAUAUGUAUUAGAUGUUUUAAAUUUUAGAAUUUAGGUUUUUCGGUUCAU